AUGGGAGAGCAAAAGAAUGCCACACUGCCGGAAGAUUUAAUGUAUGCAGAAAUACUCCCUCGAAUACCAGCAAAAUACAUUAUUCGAUGUCGCCUUGUUUGUAAGUCCUGGAACUCUGUUUUCUCCAGACCUGCUUUCGUAAAUUCCCACCUCACUCAUCAACUCCACAACAACUCUGAAGAAAAUGAUCGAAUUAUAGUAAGGCCUUGUGGUUUUUACGAGGGAGUGGUGGACAUUCUCUCUACCGAUUCAAUUCGUGUCCGCAAAGUUCCUUACGCUUGUGACACUCUGUGUGGUUCAAUUAAUGGUUUAGUUUUAAUGGUUUCUAAACCGGGAAAAAGAUUUUGUUUAUGGAACCCGGCUAUUGGGCAAGUUAAGUUGUUUGAUUUCCCUCCACUUGAUGGUCACUAUGCCGGAGGAUUUUGUUGGGAUCAUGUGCAGAACGAUUACAAGGCCUUGCUGUUCUGCUAUGAUUCGAUGUCAUCUCCCGCUAGACAAAUUUGUAUUUACUCAACAAAUUCUGCUACUUGGACUUCUUUGUGUAUCCCUCAAAAUCUCAUGUUGCCCGGACUACAUGAUAGUUUUUGGAUGUUACUAGGUCACUCUACCAUUGUCAAGGGAACCCCUUACUGGAGUUGUUCUAAAUCCUUGACUUUGCCUGGAGAGAAGCACGAACGUAAGUUCUUCUGGACGUUCAAGUUUGUGCCUGAAAUCAACGAGUUCAGAAUCCUCCCUGAUUUAGAUUCCCUCAAAUGUUGUGGAGACACUUUUAGUAUAGUCAACAUCAAGGAUCGUCUUGUUGGGAUGACAUAUAACUCAGUAACACAUGGAGGGACGAAUAUGGUGGAUAUGUAUUCUUUGGACAACGAGGAAUCCAGUAGUGGUGUUUGGAGUAAGAUGUACAGCAUAGGACCGGUGUAUUUUUGCUCCAACCAAAGGCUGCUGCACGCUUUUAGGAAUGGUGGUGAAGUAUUGAUCCGGGGAAAUUCUGGUCCAUUUACUUUCUAUGAUCCUAAAAUCAAAGAAACUAAGAGAAUUGCUGGGACGACUAGCAGUCGCACUCGCACUCCCACUUUCUUUCGGGAGUUGUAUGGACAGUGUUACAGUUAUACGCCUAGUUUGGUCCGUGUUCGAGGAAUGGAGUCCAUGCAGAAUUUUUCUACAAAUGGAGAACUCAAAUCUCAAGCAAGUCCGGUUUAG